AUGACUGACAAUGAGUCAGUCCUCGGUAGCGAUGAGCCCAUCGAACAGUCCAACCUCGAGGACAACGUUGACGACGUGGACAUGGACACCGGUAGCAAUGAUGGCGCCGACAGAGAUGAUACUGAGACGCCCGACGAUCCCGCCGAUGACGACUUCAAGCUCGACGGCUAUGGCGACCUCGGAGAUGAUGAGGACGAGGACGACGCCAAAGCAGGCUACGACCCUGAGUACGAUGAUAACGUGAUCGGUCAGAAGCGCAAGCGUAUCCGAACUAGUAUAUUUCAACCUACCAUUGAUUCCGUCAUCAACGCAGAGGCCUUCAUCUUGGACGACAGCAACGACUUCCUCGGCACGCUGGCCGCUCGCAAGCCUGGUACCUUUGGCCAUCGCGAUCGCCGCAAGGGCGAGACCCUGCCUGCCUACCACAAGCGUGUCUCCCAUGAAUUGGACUCGGACGAUGAGCUCAUGAUGGAGAUGCGCGAGAAGGGCUUCAGUGAUCGCCAGAUUGCUGAUAAGCUCGCCAAGGACGGUCGUGUUCGUUAUGAUCAGAAGUCUAUCUCUACGCGUAUCAUGCGCAUCCGCCUUGCUCAGGCUGAGAACGUAGACUUCUUGCUCAAGGAGGGGUACAAGGAGUGGGGCUUCGACGAUGAUUGUCUCCUUAUGCAGGCUCACGCCCUCGCCGACAUUGAGAUCAACUACGAAAUCGAGCGUGUGCGUGCCUGGCGCUUCCGCAAGGUCUCCGACUAUAUGCGUCGUCUUAACAAGGACACUCUUUUCUCCGCAACUGCCUGCCGUGAACGCUACAAUGCCCUCAUAGAGGGUACGGCCCGCAUUCCCAUCGACAUGGAUGACGACCCUGAUGCCCGUCGCGCCGAGAUGGAAGCCUACCGCGAGUCUCGCGAGCAAGUUCGCAACAAGGAACAAGGCGAGAAGAAUGCCAAGGAGGCUCUCGAGCGCAAGACCAAGGACGAAGCCAAAGUCCGCAACGCGCAAAAGGCCGAAGAAACGGCUAACAAGCGUGCCGCAAAGGAGACGGAGAAAGCCCAGCGCGCAAUGCAGCGUGCUGCCCAAGCCCAGGUCCGCGCCCAGCGCUCCGUCGAGAACCAUGCCGCAAAAGCCCAGCGCAACGCGCAGCUCAAGAAACAAAAAGAAGAUCGCGAAGCGAAGCGGGCCAGGAACAAGCGCGCAGUGAACGCCAACGUCACGCUGACCCUCACCAACAUCAAAACCGUUACUACCGAAACGCCGGAUCCGCGUGGCUACCUGUCGCUCCAGGAUCUCGCAAAGAUGUGCGCUGGUAGGGGCAUUCAGGGGUCGGGCAAAGGCAAGGAUCAGCUGAUUCAGGAGCUCCAGGACGCCGAUGAAGAAUACUCGCAGAACGAUCUCAAGAAGAUGUGUCGCUCCAAGGGCUUGAACACGAACGGCAGCAAGGUCCAGAUGCGGUACCAGCUCGCGCUGGCUGCUGCGCAGGUCUGUCCGUCAUUCGCUGCUGGCGUUGAGGCCGCGUCGGACGACGACGAAAUGGCUGAUGAGGAGGAGUAG